AUGAAAACGGAGGAUUUCUCAUCAUGCUGUGCAGGCACAACAUUCACUAACAAAAUGUCUUUGGCCUCUCCAUUCUCUUCAUUGGAACAUGCAAUUACGGUUGCCAGAGACAUAUGGUCCCGUAAGUGGAAUGUUAGGUCUUGGUUGGAGGCUUUAUCGGGUCGAUCUUGUUCUAAUGAAUACUUGGAAACGGCGAACGAAGCUACUGUGCAGGAACUUCAUGAAUGGGGAUUAAGCUACGAGGAGAAAUUUGGAUAUGUUUUUGUGACAUUUGUAGCUAUGUUAGCUGAAUAUUCAGGCAAAAUAGUUGCUGACACUCUAGAUGGAGCAGACACUGAUUCAGAAGAAGAUUUAGAUGCUAUCUCCUCCGGCGGAUAUGACAUCUCCAGGGAUGUUGAGCUUAAUAGGGUUCUAGAAGAAGACAAUAAAACUUUAAACACCCAACAUAGAGAAGAUGCUGUGCAUGCUACAAAAAAGGGGUUUCGAUCUGAACAUGAAGCCAUGGGUUGGAGAUGA